AUGCCCAUCGCAGAGCUAUUUCUUGGUGCCUUUCUUCAGGUAUUGUUUGAUAGGUUGGCCUCCCGCGAGCUGCUCAACUUUGCACGGCGCAAGGGGAUCGUUACGCAGUUGGAGGAAUGGGAGAAGAUGCUUGCGAGUAUUAAGGAGGUGCUGGAUGAUGCAGAGGAGAAACAACUCACCGGCCAUGUCCAGGUGAAUUUGUGGCUGGAAGAUCCUAGGAACUUUGCCUACAACAUCGAAGACUUACUUGAUGAGUUCACCACAGAAUCUGCUGAAAGCAAGUCCCAAGCAGAACCUAGCACUAGCAAGGCGCGUUCCCUUCUUCACAGUUGUUGCUUUGGAUUGAGCCCAAGAGCAUUGAUGCUCGACCACAAAAUGAGAUCCAAGAUAGAGAAGAUGGAUGACAGAUUACAGAAGAUCAUAGCUCAUAAAAAUGGUCUGAACCUGAGUGAGAACAAGGGGAAGCGAUCAGCAUACCGCCGGCUGGAUAAGCCGAUUCCCACUACAAAUUUGCCCGAGCGUUGGUUCGUUAGUAGGGAGGAUGACAAAAGGGAGAUCCUCAAAUUGCUUACCCAGCAAGAAGACGGUAGAACAUGUGUGGAUCUAGAACUGAUUGCCAUUGUAGGGAUGGGGGGUGUUGGGAAGACUGCUCUCGCUCAGCAAGUCUACAAUGACGCUAGAGUCAUAGAAUAUUUCCAUGUGAAAGCAUGGGCUUGCAUUUCCGAUGAUUUUGAUAUGCUCGCUAUUACAAAGAGUAUUCUACAUAAAACCAACUUCACUUUGUCAUGUGAAGAUAAGGACUUGGAUUGGCUACAGGAUAAGCUCAAGGAAAACCUUUCGGGGACGAAAUUUCUUGUCGUUUUAGACGAUAUUUGGAACAAGAACCCUGGAAAGUGGAAUAAAUUCUUGAAGCCUUUUAGAUCGGGAGCAAAGGGAAGCAAAAUCAUUGUCACGACCCGUGAUUCUGGCAUUGCUAAAAUAACUCGUGCUAAAGAGUAUCCUCUCAAAGAGUUGUCACAAGAUGCUAGUAUGUCUUUGUUGGCAUUUCAAGCUCUUGGAGUCGGAAAUUUCCAUCAUCAUCGAGAUUUUGAAGCACUAGGUUGGAAAAUUGCGGAAAAAUGCAAAGGGUUGCCAUUAGCUGCGACGACAUUGGGGGGGCUACUAAGCUCUAAAGUGAGUCCUCAUGAAUGGGAAGCUGUAUUGAACAACAAAAUUUGGGACCUACCAAAAGAAAAUGAUGACAUUCUUCCAGCUUUGAAACUUAGCUACCUUCAUCUCCCUUGCAAUCUAAGGAGAUGUUUUGCUUACUGUGCUAUAUUUCCCAAGGACUGUGAAAUCCAACGGGACGAGUUGAUUCGCCGGUGGUCUGCAGAAGGCUUUUUGGAGGGAGAAAAACAAGAGAGCCAUUGGAAUGCAGGUAAUUUGGCUGGUCUUGAAAUAUUGUCAAAGUUUAUAGUGGGAAUGGGAAAUGGCUCAAGGUUGAAGGAGUUAAAAAACCUAGAGAACCUUAAAGGGGAAUUGCGCAUCUUUGAUUUGCAUAUGGUUCAAGAAGUCAAAGAUGCUGGCGAUGCCAAUUUAUGUGCGAAGAAGGGAAUAUGUCGAUUGGCCAUGCAGUGGAGUACGAAUUUUGAAAAUUUCCGAAAUGAAGGGCUUGAAGAAGAGAGGGUCAAAGCAUUACCAUUGCUCGGGCAGCUAUCUUCAUUGAAAGAAUUGUACAUCGAAGGUUUAAAUGCAAUAUGCAUGGUAGGUUCUGAAUUUUAUGGAAGUAAAAGUCAUUUUCCAUCCUUGUUAACUUUGGAAUUCAAGGGCAUGCCGUUGUGGGAGGAUUGGUCUCAUUGCAUCGACACUGAAGAAGUUGGAGUUGUAUUCCCUCGUCUUGAGCAUCUCAUCAUUCAGGAUUGCCCUAUGCUGAUCGGAAGAUUGCCUAGUCAACUAAGCUCCCUUGUAAAGCUCGAAAUUAACUCAUGUCCGCGUAUGGAAGCCUCACCAUCUUUCAAUAGCCUUCCAUCUCUCAGUGAAUUAAAAUUCAAAGGUUGUAAUGAGAGGGUGCUGCAUAGUUUGGUAAACCUGGCAUCUCUUACUGCCCAAAACAUAAAUGAUGUUGCUGAACUCACUUGCUUAAAUCAUGAGUUUACAAGCUCCUUGAUCAAGCUAGAGAAGUUGGAGAUUGAAAAGUGUGCAAAGUUAAUAUAUCUAUGGCAAGACGGAGAUGUAAUUCGGAAUCUCAAUUGUCUGAAGAGAUUAGUUGUACGUAGUUGUUCGGAGUUCAUAUAUUUUGUGGCUGAAGAAAAUGAUAUAAAGCUGCCUAGCAAUCUUGAGACUAUCGAAUUAGAAAAUUGCAUCAAGAAGCUCCCAAGCAAGAUGUACACCCUCUCCUCUCUUAAAGACUUGACGGUUAGUGGCUGUCCAAAACUCGUAUCCUUCCUUGAAAUAGGUAUACCAACAUCUCUGACAUCAUUAAACAUCGAGGACUGGGAGUGGAGGUCGCUCACGGAGAUAAAUCUAGAACCUCUUCGGUCUAUUCAAGAGAUUAAAAUUCGGGGUUUCAAGAAUUUGAUAAGCUUACCCCAGGGUCUACACACACUAUCUCGGCUCACUUCCUUGACAUUGAGUGGCUGUCCUGGUUUAGAGAUGGAGUGCUUCCCUCCUCUUCCUCCCGGCAUCUCGACUUUUUGGCUUCAGGAUUGUCCUAAGAUAAAAUCAUUAUCUAAUCAGUUACAUCGACUCACGAGUCUCCAACGUCUGGAUAUUAGUGAGUGUGAGAGUAUAACGCGCUUCCCUGACGGAGGAUUGCCGCCCCAGCUAAAGGGACUUCAAGUGACUAAAUGCAAGAAUAUGAAGCAGCCGGUGAGGGAGUGGCUCACCCCUCUCACCUCCCUUGAAUGGCUGGACAUCGACAGCAGCGUGGGAGGAGUGGGAGAGGAGGAGGAUCUUGUGCUUCCGCUCCCUUCCUCUCUGACCUCUCUCUAUAUCUCUAAUAUGGAGAAAAUGGAAAGACUGUCUAGCAGUCUCCCUCCCUCUCUCCAGUACUUGUCCAUCCGGCAUUGCCCGAAGCUGAGGGAGUUGCCCCAGGAUGGCCUCCCUCUCUCCCUUGAAUAUCUCUGGACCUUCAAUUGCUCGAUUUUGGUGGAGCGAUGCAGGAAAGGGAUUGGCCGCUAUUGGCCCCUCAUCCGUGAAAUCCCAAAUGUCACAUUGGGUGAUGCCUACUACAAUUCAAUUACUUGA